AUGGCAAGAUGCUCAGUCUUGUUCUUGGCUGCUUCCCCGAUACAAUGGCUCCUUGAAUCGUCCGGCCUGUCGACCAACGUUGUUAACGCAGCGUUCACUCGAUCAGAUGGCUUGCAGCAAGGCUUCGUGACACCUGCAGCGGGCGCAUCGGCUGGCACCAAAACAGCGCCUUCCGAGGCGAUAGAGCCCAAAAGGGCCGUCUUGGCUGAAGACGAUUGUCGAGACGGAUUCUUGGGCUUGGUUGGCUGGAUGGGUCCCCAACCACCAUCACCACCAUUAUCACCACCACCACCACCACCACAACCACCAUCACAACAACAACGACAACAACAACAACAACAACAACAACAACAACAACAACAACAACAACAACCACGACCCAAAAUACGGCCACGGCCCCGUGCCAGCCUCAUGGAACAGGGCUACUUUAACGGCAGCGGCCUAGCGCCAUCUCGCGGCUUACGUCCGCGGGCUGUCUGGGCCUACUAUCAUUAUUAUUAUCUCUGGCCCAUCGUCAUUUUGUAUGGCCCAUCUUCGGGGACCCUCGCCACCUCAUUCCCUAGACGGGAGGAUGUGCGCUCGUGCCUGUCGCACCAUGCUGCACCCCGUCGCCAGUGA